AUGAGGCCGGAGCAGCCAAACAUGCAAUGGAGAAGUGAGAAGGCUCAGGCAGCCAAGGCUGACGCCUUGGAGGAGAUCCAGCACUUGUCAAAGCUGCUAAAGUUCACCGGCGUUGUCAAGAUUUGCAAGGGGCUGACUGCGCGUCUCAUCGUGGCAUGCUGCGACGGCGUCAUCAUGGGUUGGAUGCAUGUGAUAGGAUCCCUCAGGGCUUACGGCAUGACGCAGAGAAAGUUCUUCUUCCAGCGCCGUCGAAGCAUCUCGACACAGGACGCAGAAGCGAUCGGAAGCCUGGAGCAGCAAGCAGACGCAGGCAACGUUCAUGAUCUGAAGGGCCAUGUCUCCUCCCUUUUCCUGCGUGACCAAAGCUCAAACCUUCCUGCUAUGGCCAUCUUUGUGGCAGCACCUGUGGCAUCCGGCGCAGGUAGCGUGCAACUCAUCAAGUUUGACUGCAGACAGCAUGUCUCGGAUGCCAUGGAGCGGCGUUGCAACUGGGACGAGGCUCUGCCAGUCUGCUCCGCGGGGUGUGGCUGCUGCAGGUCUCUGAUCGAGCAGGUCGGUAAGCUGAGCGCCGAGAAGGAUCAGCUGCUUCACGAGUGCGGCAACCUUCGCCGUGACAGCAACGCUCAGUGGACCGAGAUCGAGAUGCCACAAAAUGCGUGCAUCAAUCUCCACUUUCAGAACGAGAAACUGGGCGCAGUGUGCAGCAAUCUUUCAUUUCAAAACCAUGCCCUUUGGACUCGCAGUGAGAAGCGACGCAAAGAGUGCCAGAAGCUUCGCCGUGAUAGCGAGAAACUGAGCAAAAAGCUACGCAUCCAGGAGGAGCAGCUUUUUCAGACCAAGCACAGCUCCGACAUGAUGUGUGUUGAUUCGCCUGGAGCGCUCCGGGCCGACAUGGUCGAAGUUCAUGAGGGCAAUUCGAGUCUGGCUGAGAUGACUGGCACGAAGCGAGAAAGCGGAGACUCAAUGGACUCGGUUGGUGCACGCGAGCGUGGUUCUGCAGCUGAGCAGGUGCAGGCGGGUGAAAGCAGCCCAGCUUCGCCUGCGCAGCCAGUGCCGGCGCCAGCCGUUAAACCGCCCGACAAGCCCGUUCAUGACCGGCGCUACAGCUGGGACUGCGCUUCCUUGUCCACCUAUGCAGACCCCGAUGCUCUUGACAGCGACGGCGAGGCAUCCACCGCAUCCCAGUCCCAAGACAUUCCCAGCCCUCAAGCCAUGCGCUGCCUCGACUCCAAGGACGACGAGGAGCGACCUCUGUCAUUGCCGCGCGCUGCGGUGAUGAGCCGGACGUGGGUGCAUCCACUUCUCCCUAUGACGCCGAUGCAUGCAAGCAAGGAUGAGCCGAAGAAGCUUCCGCGCAAAGUUGUUCGGUCGAAGCAAUUGCAACCUCCUCAGCCAGGGCAAUGCUAUGCACGCAUUACGAGCUUUUGGAGACUGGGGCUUGCUUGGCUGGAGAUGAGCGGGGACGAGGAUCCGGAAUCGCUGCAAGGCACGCAGUGCGCGAAGGACGACUCUCAGAUGAGGAUGGCUUGCCGGGCAACGGAUGCCGGGAGUCUGGACCCUUCAUGCCUCAUCUUGCCCAGCCUGUUGCCGUACCUCACUGUGGAUGACAUUCUGGAGUGGCGUGUAACAUCGCGGCAGACCCGAAGUCCCAGGGUUUUGCUACGGCACAUUGCCGAAAUGGGCAGGUUGGACAGGUCCGAGUCAAUUCUCGAUUUUUCUACAAAGUUUGGACUCGCUUGUGUUCACGGCGCUACCUUCGAUGCCGACGUCUGUGGAAACGACGUAGAGCAGAUAAAGUACUAUGACUGCGUCCUGGCCCGUCAGCAUGAUCCACAGCGACACGGUUUGUUCCGCGAAUUUAGUCUGCUGUUUUUGGCCUCAGGUCAGUGGUGGUGCAUGCGGCUGGCGAGAGCGAGAGAAACCCAUUUUGCAGAAAGCGAUGCCUUCGAAAUUGUCUACCCGAACCUCCGAGACCUGCUUCGGCACUGUGCCGACGAGGAUGCAUCCGUGAGGAGCUCUGCGCACCGCAUUGUUGCUAACUAUGGUCAAGGUGGCCUCCCGUUUGUGCGGCAAAUGAUUGCAGAUGCCAUGUUGACGCUGAUGGGGCACGUGCUGUCAGACUCCACCGGAAUCAGCCAAGCGACCUUGCGGCAGGUAAUGCAGUGCACAGGCCACCUUGACAACGUUGUACGUGCACUGGCGAAGCCUCAGCGGCAAAAGUGGGUGUUUUUGCUGGUCCAAGCCCUUGAGAGCCUGCAGGGGCGCGAAUCACACCGAGAGUCGAUGUUGACAUUGAUUUCCGACUUGAAGCUCCUUUGGCGAGCUGAUAACGAUCCCAGUUGGACAUACGCAGAAGCGGAGCAGCAACUGAAGGCUUUGAAGAAGCAGGCCAACGGAGACGUUGAGCAUGCUCUCUGGGACCUGCUAUGUAUAGAUUCGGUGAGGGCUAACUCCACGAUGUCACUCGUGCCGUUGCAGUCAAUUGAAGGCUACACCCACCCCGCCUCCGGGCAAGAGAAGACGGAGGAGAUUCAGAAGAAGACGGAGGUGUCCGUGGUGUCCGCUCAGUGCGGUGAGGGGAAUGCUUGGAGCUUGGUCGUGCACUGGGAAGCGAACGCAAAAGCCGAUGCUGGCAGGAAGGCAGCUGAGGAGCAGGCAUUCAAGGCAAAGGAGGCCGCAGAAGAUGCAAAGGCAGAAAAAAUCUACGCGCUGCAAGAUGCGGCGGAUGCUAAGAAAGCAGCCGAGAACGCCAUGCAGGAAGCCAUCAGAGCCAUAGCAGCUGCGGAUAAGAAGGUGAAGGAGCAGGUAGAAGUUGCCGAAGCUGCCAAGGCUGACGCAAUGGAGGACUUCGAUGAAGCCUUGGCCGCGCGGCGAGAAGCCGAAGAGGCAAAUGCUGCCAGGAAGGCAGCUGAGGAGCAGGUGGGCAGUGUAACAGAUUUCGCCGAAGAGAUUCUGUCUUUGGUUUCGCUGAGUUCUCAGAGUUUCCAAGAAGAUUCUGCUUACAACACCUUCCAAGCCGACAGAGGUGAUGUUUUAUUUCAUUUGCAUCAAAGCUACCUGCACGGCAGGACGCAGAAGGGGCUUCGUUUGGAGCAGACAUGCUUUUACGGGUCUCUGAUCGAGCAGGUCUGUAAGCUGAGCGCCGAGAAGGAUCAGUGCGGCAACCUUCGCCGUGACAGCAAUGCUCAGUGGACCGAGAUCGAGAUGCUACAAAAUGCGUGCAUCAAUCUCCACUUUCAGAACGAGAAACUGGGCGCAGUGUGCAGCAAUCUUUCUUUUCAAAACCAUGCCCUUUGGACUCGCAGUGAGAAGCGACGCAAAGAGUGCCAGAAGCUUCGCCGUGAUAGCGAGAAGCUGAGCAAAAAGCCACGCAUCCAGGAGGAGCAGCUUUUUCAGACCAAGCACUGCUCCAACAUGAUGUGUGUUCAUUCGCCUGGAGCGCUCCGGGCCGACAUGGUCGAAGUUCAUGAGGGCAAUUCGAGUCUGGCUGAGAUGACUGGCACGAAGCGAGAAAGCAGAGACUCAAUGGACUCGGUUGGUGCACACGAGCGUGGUUCUGCAGCUGAGCAGGUGCAGGCGGGUGAAAGCAGCCCAGCUUCGCCUGCGCAGCCAGUGGCGCGACAUGAUGCAAGCUGGCGACCAGAUGACUUGCCGGCGCCAGCCGUUAAACCGCCCGACAAGCCCGUUCAUGACCGGCGCUACAGCUGGGACUGCGCUUCCUUGUCCACCUAUGCAGACCCCGAUGCUCUUGACAGCGACGGCGAGGCAUCCACCGCAUCCCAGUCCCAAGACAUUCCCAGCCCUCAAGCCAUGCGCUGCCUCGACUCCAAGGACGACGAGGAGCGACCUCUGUCAUUGCCGCGCGCAGCGGUGAUGAGCCGGACGUGGGUGCAUCCACUUCUCCCCAUGACGCCGAUGCAUGCAAGCAAGGAUGAGCCGAAGAAGCUUCCGCGCAAAGUUGUUCGGUCGGAGCAAUUGCGCACACGGAACAUGACCUUGGCCCAGCACCUGGCCAUCUUGCAGGAGAUGAGCGGGGACGAGGAUCCGGAAUCGCUGCAAGGCACACAGUGUGCGAAGGACGACUCUCAGAUGAGGAUGGCUUGCCGGGCAACGGAUGCCGGGCCCAGCCUGUUGGAGUACCUCACCGCAUCUUGCCUGAAACGCCAGUGGCUGGCGAUGCUACGCCAUGUGGAUGACAUUCUGGAGUGGCGUGUAACAUCGCGGCAGACCCGAAGUCCCAGGGUUUUGCUACGGCACAUUGCCGAAAUGGGCAGGUUGGACAGGUCCGAGUCAAUUGUCGAUUUUUCUACAAAGUUUGGACUCGCUUGUGUUCACGGCGAUACCUUCGAUGCCGACGUCUGCAGAAACGACCCAGAGCAGAUAAAGUACUAUGACUGUCAGUGGUGGUGCAUGCGGCUGGCGAGAGCGAGAGAAACCCAUUUUGCAGAAAGCGAUGCCUUCGAAAUUGUCUGUCCAAACCUCCGAGACCUGCUUCGGCACUGUGCCGACGAGGAUGCAUCCGUGCGGAGCUCUGCGCACCAUGUUGUUCGUAUCUAUGGUAAAGGUGGCCUCCCGUUUGUGCGGCAAAUGAUUGCAGAUGCCAUGUUGACGCUGAUGGGGCACGUGCUGGCAGACUCCACUGGAAUCAGCCAAGCGGCCUUGAUGCAGGUAAUGCAGUGCACCCGCCACCUUGACAAGGUUGUACGUGCACUGGCGAAGCCUCAGCGUCAAAAGUGGGUGUCCCUGCUGGUCAAAGCCCUUGAGAGCCUUCGGAGUCAGGAAUCACACCGAGAGUCGAUGUUGACAUUGAUUUCCGACUUGAAGCUCCUUUGGCGAGCUGAUGACGAUCCCAGUCGGACCUACGCAGAAGCGGAGCAGCAGCUGAAGGCUUUGAAGAAGCAAGCCAACAAAGAUGUUCGGGCUCCAAAUGCCGUCAAGGAGGCCAUGGGCCUGGGCCUGAACUGGGGUUUUGGGUUGAACGGAGUAGAAUUUGGAUCAUCUGCAUUUCUGAUGGCUUUCGCAAAAGUAAAUGACGAGGAGAACGGCGAGCUUGAGACGGCCGCCGGCGACAAGCCUAAGGAUGAAGCCAAGGUAGAGAAAGAUGCUGAGAAGAAGGAAGACAAGCAGGAGAGUGCUGAGUCCAAGAAAGAGCAGAAACCGGAGGCAAAUUUCCUCUCCACCUUGGCCAAAGCAGAGGAGGAGAAGCAGGAGAAGCCAAAGGAAUCGAAGCCCGAGGCCGGAAAGGAUGCCAAUGAUGCAGCCGCGGCUGCGAAGAAAGCAGUCGAGGACGCCCAGGGCGCGCUCAGAGCUGUUGAUGAGGCCAUAGCAGCUGCGCAGCAGAGGAUGAAGGACGCAGAGGCCGACAAAAAGGAAGCGAUCGCGAAAGCCGAUGCUGCCAGGAAGGCAGCUGAGGAGCAGGCCAGCAGGGAUGAAAAGGAGGCACUCAAGGCAAAGCAGGUCGCAGAAGAUGCAAAGGCUGCCAAGGCUGCCGCAAUGGAGGAAGCCAUGGCCGCGCGGCGACAAGCAGAAGAGGCAAAGCAAGCGCUCCUCGAAAUGAGGAACUUGACUGAGAAGCAGGCGUCCGAGGCCGAUGCUGCCAAGAAAGCUGCUCGGGAGGCGCAGGCAGAAGCCGAUGCUGCCAGGAAGGCAAAGCAGGCCGCAGAAGAUGCAAAGGCGGAGCUCGACUCGAAAAAGCCCUCGAAGCACAAAAAAAGGCAAGAGAAGAUGAUUGCCGAGAUGGAGCGGCAAACGGAGGAGAUUCAGAAGAAGAUGGAGGCCCAGCUUGCAGAAGAGGUUCGCCGGGCGCUUGGCGAAUUGCAAGGCAUUCUUCAAGAUACGGAGACCUACGAAUCCUUCGCCCAGGAGACCUACACCAGCAUCAGUGACCAGCUUGAAAUGUGCCAUAUCGCCAACGAGAAGCUUCAGGUGGAUCGGGACGAGCUCCGCCAGGACGGAGUGAGUGCUUGUGUGGAAAUCCACAAACUGAAAGAGAUGCUGAAGUGUGGGCCCUACGUCGUGGGCAGCGGUGAUGACAGCUACGGCAUCGGUGUUGGGGCAGAUCUUCUGCCCUGGGGCCCUCAGACGCAGGACCGACGAUUUUAUCACAACCGUGGUGUACGCAUGCUGUCAACCUAUUUCCCUGAGUACUUGCGUCAGUGGGUGGAAGGGCAGCGGCUCGCGGGCGUUGUCAAGAUUCGCAACGGGCUGACAGUGUGUCUCAUCGUCGCACUCUGUGAUGGUACAGCAGAUUUCGCCGAAGAGACUCUGUCUUCAGUUUCGCUGAGUUCUCAGAGUUUCGAAGAAGGCUCUGCUUACAGCACCUUCCAAGCCGACAGAGGAACGGGAAGCCUGCUGGAGUUGCUGGCCAUCGGAAAGCGGUUCGAAAUGAGCUAUGUGUGUGAUGUUUUGUUUCAUUGGCAUCAAAGCUACCUGCACGGCAGGUUGAUGUGGCUAUGCCCUGCCCGAAAUGUGGACUCGACAGCUGAGGGCUUCGUUUGGAGCAUGAACGCUUUUACGGGAUCGGAUUUGCUGCUUGUGGAUUUGCUCUGCCAGUCUGCUCCGUGGGGACCGAUGCUUUAUGAUGCCCGGUGUAGCUGCUGCAGGUCUCUGAUCGAGCAGGUCUGUAAGCUGAGCGCCGAGAAGGAUCAGCUGCUUCACGAGUGCGGCAACCCUCGCCGUGACAGCAAUGCUCAGUGGACCGAGAUCGAGAUGCUACAAAAUGCGUGCAUCAAUCUCCACUUUCAGAACGAGAAACUGGGCGCAGUGUGCCAGAAGCUUCGCCGUGAUAGCGAGAAGCUGAGCAAAAAGCUACGCAUCCAGGAGGAGCAGCUUUUUCAGACCAAGCACUGCUCCAACAUGAUGCGGGUGAAAGCAGCCCAGCUUCGCCUGCGCAGCCAGUGGCGCGACAUGAUGCAAGCUGGCAUGCGCUUCGACUUUCUGGUGGGAGACGGGAUGCGUAGUUGCUACGCCAAAUCCAUGAAGCCAGAUCCCUUCAUCCUUAGCUCCAAGCUGCGGCGCUACAGCUGGGACUGCGCUUCCUUGUCCACCUAUGCAGACCUCGAUGCUCUUGACAGCGACGGCGAGGCAUCCACCGCAUCCCAGUCCCAAGACAUUCUCAGCCCUCAAGCCAUGCGCUGCCUCGACUCCAAGGACGAGGAGGAGCGACCUUUGUCAUUGCCGCGUGCUGCGGUGAUGAGCCGGACGUGGGUGCAUCCACUUCUCCCCAUGACGCCGAUGCAUGCAAGCAAGGAUGAGCCGAAGAAGCUUCCGUGCAAAGUUGUUCGGCGCAGACGGAACAUGACCGUGGCCCAGCACCGGGCUAUCUUGGAGGAUCCGGAAUCGCUGCAAGGCACGCAGUGCGCGAACGACGACUCUCAGAUGAGGAUGGCUUGCCGGGCAACGGAUGCCGGGAGUCUGGACCCUUCAAGCCUCAUCUUGCCCAGCCUGUUGGAGUACCUCACCGUGGAUGACAUUCUGGAGUGGCGUGUGACAUCGCGGCAGACCCGAAGUCCCAGGGUUUUGCUACGGCACAUUGCCGAAAUGGGCAGGUUGGACAGGUCCGAGUAA